UUUUCCGUGGCCUAAAACCUAGAAACUCCUCUCUCGUGCGCCGUCUCAUAGUCGCACUCCCCAAACCUUAACGCCGCAGCCCACUGCUCGGCGUUCCCCCCCUCUAUCUCACCGGCGACUGCCGUUCUCUAGCAGCGCCACCCACGGACAGCAACCUCCCCAGCGUUGCACCAGAAGUCUCUCCAGCGACGCACCAAUGCAUCAGCCCCUCUCCAUGGCCGAGAAACCCUCCUCCGACAAGUCUCCUUCCCCGGUCUCAACUCCUCACCUGGCUUUCACGACCAUCUCGAACGAGAAACUUCACAUUCCGAUCCUCUUAAGCUUUACGGAGCUGAACUACAAAAAAUGGAGCCGCCUCUUUCUCCUAUUGGUUCGGUUCUUCUCCCUCGGUGACUUUCUCACCGGAAAAUCGGUCCCCUCCAACAACGACGACACCGAUUGGUACCAACUCGAUGCUCUUAUCCAGGGUUGGAUCCUCUCAACGAUCAACGACGAGGUAUCCGACUUAGUCCUCUCCUCUACCGACUCGGCGUCCGAACUUUGGCGAUCCAUUCACUCUCUUUUUCAUGACAAUAAACCAGCCCGGGCAAUGCAAUUGGAGCACCAAUUCCGGACAACGAAGAAAGUCUCGCUCUCCAUAUCGGCUUAUUGUCAAACUCUCAAGAAUUUAGCCGAUUGGUUGGACGACGUAGAUGCCCCUGUCUCGGAACAACAGUUGGUGUUGCAGGUUCUCCGGGGGCUGCCCGACGACAUGCGGGGUCAAACCUCCUUCCUCCAGUUCCAAACUCCUCCGCCAACGUUUCUUCAAACCCGCUCAGCACUUCUUCUCCUGGAGCAUCAGCAAUCAGACUUGGACAGCGCCGAUCCAUCACCUGGCACGGCCCUCUUCUCGGCUGGUCACACCGGCGCUCACCCACACAGCCCCGCGGGUGGGGGUCGUGGUUCCUUCAGCAGCAGCGGCGGUCGAGGGCACUCAGGCAGCGGCGGCAGUCGAGGAAGGGGAGGGGCCGCUAUCUCCCGUUGGUCCACCUUUUUCAUCAAGAGAAGGUUUCCACUUGUCACCAUGGGCAAAAAUCGGUCCAAGAGGAACAAAAUUGCUGCUAAGGCGCGAACCAACUUGGAAGGGAAAGAGAAGCUUUCAUCUGAGGAUCUUAGACACCAAAUAACUCUCUCCCAAUCCAGGCGUGAAACACAAGACAAAUCUUGUGAACGCAGUUUCCACUCUAAAGCCCCUAAGAGUUCUCAUCCAAAGGAUUCCCAGGCAGCAACAGAAAAAUUCGACGCCAACUCCCCCAUAGUCCGAAAGUUGAUUGGGUGGCUCAACAAUGAAGGAGAGGCCAGGUCCCAAGGGACCGGGAGAGAAACAGGUCAAGGAGAGGAUGAGGAGGUGGAAAGUCAAGGGCGCAUUUCAGUACAUAAGAGGAUGCGCAAAAAUGCGUCCCAAAGGUUGGGACCCAGAACUGAGGAAUCUGGAGAAAAUUCUGGGGGGCACAACAAUGAAGAUGCCGGAGACAUCCUCAAAUUGAGAAAAGAAAUGGAGGAACUAAAGAGGCAGGUUGACAAGGACGGGUCUUUCGGACCCACAGUAGAGAUAAUUUCUCCCUUUACUACCAGAGUAAUGAAAGCUCAACUGCCCAGGGGCAUGAAAGCCCCUGAAAUCCGUUAUAAGGGAGUCACCGAUCCCAAUGAUCACUUGGCUGCGUACCAAACUCACAUGUUGAUGCACGCCGUGGAGGACAAGAUCCAAUGUCGCCUCUUCGUAGGAACCUUGGAAGGGCCGGCCGUAAAAUGGUUCCUCACUCUUUCUAAUGGGACCAUUGAUUGCUUCAAAGAUCUUUCUCAACUUUUCCUCAACGCCUAUGGAGGAAGGUUCCAGCCAAAGAAGCACUUCACCCAUCUUUUCUCCCUAAAGCAAAAAGAGGGAGAGACCAACAGUGAAUUGGUACAAAGAUGGAAUGAAACAAUCAAUGAGGUGGAGCCUAUGGACGAUAAGACUUCCAUUGCUCUGUUCAUGAAUGUUCUCAGGUCGGGGGAAUUAUUCAGGAAGUUAGAUUACGAUACCCCUACUUCUUACAAGGCUAUGAUGGCUAGGGUUAACAAGUUCUGUGCCACGGAAGAGUCGGAUCGCCUGAAAGGAAAGAGCGAGGGAGCCUUGCAUAAAGGCCCAGACAAAGAAAAGAAAGGAGAAAAGACCAAGGCGGCCACUCUCUCCAUCCCUACCCUCAAGUCACUGGCUGCACCAGUGGCGGAAAUUAAGAGCAAGGAGGAAGGUGGGCAGAAGAGGAAACGUGGAGACCAAAAAAGAAGGCAGUGGCCCUAUGACCCAGAAAAAUAUUGCAACUUCCAUAGAAGGCCUGGACACGCCACUGAAGAAUGCCAUUUCCUCAAAAAGAUGGAAGGAGAGAUGAAGGACAAGGAACCGAAUGCUAAUCGGGAGCCGAACCAAGGAGAAACGGGAGUCACAAGCAAGGAGAGGAAGGAAUGGGCUCGCAAGCUGUAUGUGGGAUCCAUUGACAUAGGCCAAGCGGCCAAGAAAGGAAGGAGGGAGCCCAUUGUCUUCUCGGACGAGGAUUUACCACUCAUUUUUAGUCCUCAUCGGACCCCCCUGGUAAUUUCUAUGGCUAUUCACAAAUUUUUUGUUAAAAGAAUAUUGGUGGACACUGGAAGCAGUGUCAAUGUGUUGUACUGGGAGGCGGCCCAGCAAUUGGGAAUCAGGAAGGAAGAUCUCACAAAGCUUAACAUGCCCUUGUCCGGCUUCACUGGAGAUAUAAUUGAACCGGAAGGGUCCAUUAAAUUGGACAUCAUCAUAGGCGAACAUCCUAAGGUGAGGCAUAUGAGGAUGGAUUUUGUAGUGGUCGACAUCAAAUGCGCUCACAAUGCCAUCUUAGGGAGGCCUGGGCUAGAGGACUUGGGAGGUGCACUAACCCUUGAGCACCUGUGCCUCAAGUUUAGGACUCCCGAAGGUGUUGGGAGGGUCCUUGGUGAUCAGCCCGCGGCCAAGAAGGCCUAUCUAAGCGCCUGUAAGAAGAUAGACAAGGAAAACCUCAACAUCCAAACCAUCGGGCAUGUUUUGGAACAUAAAGAAAGGAAAGAGGAAGACCGGGAGAGGCCAAAGCCAGCUGUGGAAAUGGAGGAAGUGGUGCUAUUCCCGGAGGGGGAUCAAGAAAAGGUUGUGAGGAUCGGUUUAGGGCUAGAGGAGGAUACCCGUGAAGAGAUUAUCCGAGUAUUAAGAGAAAACUCGGUCCUCUUCGCAUGGGAAUCCAAGGAUAUGCCCGGAGUCGAUCCCUCAGUCAUUUGCCAUAAGUUGAACAUCAAGAUGGACUCCCUCCCAGUUAAGCAGAAGAAAAGAUAUCUGUCCACGGACAGAAAAGAAUUUGUGAGGAAGGAGGUGAAAACCCUUUUGGAGGCCGGCCACAUUAGGGAGAAGGGCCAGGUCAUUGCCGAUUUUAUGGUGGAGUGCACAGCAAGAGGGAAGCCAGAAGAGGAUGGGACCGGCCAGGAGAGAAAAAAGGAAUUAUGGGAGAUUCAUUCAGAUGGAGGCACAAGGGUGGAAGCGUACACUCCAAGCCUCAAUGAGCAAUUGAUGGAAGUGGACUCCCAUUUCACUCAAGAAAGGAGGGACGACGCGGCAAUGAAGGCGGAGGAGUACCAACGGCAAUCCAAGAGGUAUCACGACAAAAAAGCUGUAGUUCAGACGUUUGAAGUCAGAGAUUGGGUCCUACGUAAAAGGGAGAAAAGUCAGCCCACUAAAGGAGGAAAAUUAGCCCAGAAUUGGGAAGAACCAUAUCGUGUGGAGAAGGUGGUGCGUACAGGCACCUAUCAGUUGGCUACACCGGAAGGGAAGGCAUUGGACAAUUAUUGGAAUGUGGAGCAUCUCAAAAAAUUCUACCAGUAAAAGCUAAGCUAUCUGUUCAAGGUUCCGUCUUCCCAUAAUUUUUCAAGCCUCACUUUUAAAGAUUUCUCUUUUCCUUUUGUUCAAAGAGAAGGGAUUGUGCUGUGCUUAAUAUGAAGAAGAAAUUUUCCAUUCAUCAUCAAUUACUCCGGUCCAUGAGAUAUUUAAAAAAAAAUAAAGGGGGACCGAUUCC